UGUACUGUGUACUGUGUACUGUGUACUGUGUACGUACGGCAGCCGGCGCACGGCGGUGUGCCACCGGUCGCUGGUGGGCGGGCGCUGCGUGCCGGAGCCGUGGCCGCGGAACGUCGCCUCCACGCCCGCGCUGCCCACGCACGUCACCAAGUGAGUAUGGCAGUGUGUGUGUACUGUGUACUGUGUACUGUGUACUGUGUACGUACGGCAGCCGGCGCACGGCGGUGUGCCACCGGUCGCUGGUGGGCGGGCGCUGCGUGCCGGAGCCGUGGCCGCGGAACGUCGCCUCCACGCCCGCGCUGCCCACGCACGUCACCAAGUGAGUAUGGCAGUGUGUGUGUACUGUGUACUGUGUACUGUGUACUGUGUACGUACGGCAGCCGGCGCACGGCGGUGUGCCACCGGUUGCUGGUGGGCGGGCGCUGCGUGCCGGAGCCGUGGCCGCGGAACGUCGCCUCCACGCCCGCGCUGCCCACGCACGUCACCAAGGCGCAGUGUUGUUGCACAGUCGGUGUAGCAUGGGGUCCAGAAUGUGAAUUAUGUCCUUCGCCCGGCUCUUCUGAACGUAUGGAGCUCUGUACUGAUAGGAAUCUUGAUAUCGACCACGGUGGAAAAGGCGGUAACGGAGGAGGGGUAAUCGCCGGAGGCGGUGGUGGAAUGAGCCUAGGCGGUGGAGGUGGAACCGGAGGGGUAGGCGGUGUAUUCAACGACGUCGACGAAUGUGCCGCAAUGCCAGAUCUCUGUGCUCCUGGACGAUGUGUUAAUACUAUUGGCAGCUUCCGGUGCGUGUGCGGCGCGGGGCACCGCGCGGCGGGCGCGGCGUGCGUGGACGUGGACGAGUGCGCGCGCGGCGCCCCCUGCGCGCACGCCUGCCGCAACACGGACGGCUCGUACGACUGCACGUGCCGCGCCGGCUACGAGCUCGACGACGACGGCGCCGCCUGCCGCGACGUGGACGAGUGCGAGCGCGGCGACCACACCUGCCAGCAGAUCUGCACCAACACGCGCGGCUCCUUCGAGUGCUCCUGCGAGGACGGCUACGAGAAGCACGGCGACGCCUGCGUCGACGUGGACGAAUGCCAAGAAGAGGGUAUCUGCCCGACGCCAGGAAAAUGCGUGAAUCUGCUAGGAUCUUACCGAUGUGUAUGUCCGCGGGGCUUCCGACUCGAUCUUACGGGCACGCGUUGUCUCGACCGAGAUGAGUGCGAAGAAGGCCGUUGCCAGUCGCCCUGCAGAAACUACGCCGGAAAGUACCGCUGCGACUGUCCGGCUGGCACGACUCGCGGGCCAGGCGGCGCUUGCGUGCCGCGGGACGGCUGCGCGGACAGCCCGUGCGGCGCGUCGCCGUGCUUCCCCGUGGGCGACGCCUACCGCUGUGGCUGCCCCGCCGGCUACGGCUGGGACGCCGGCCACGCCGUGUGCUUGCAGACGGCUGGCGGGUGCGCGGCGGCCGGCUGCGUGUUCGGGUGCGCGACGGGCGGCGGCGGCUACGAGUGCGGUUGCCCGGCCGGUUACGCGCUGGUGGGCGCGGGCCACUGCCUGAGUGCGCUGGACGCCGCGUUGCCGCCCGACGACAUCGGCAACGCGCCCGUGUUCCCCGUGCGCGACCAGUACCGCCUCGGCCGCGACCCUGACCUCAUCUCCACCGAGGGCUGCUUCAGCUGCAAGAUGAAUGGCCGCCGGCGAAGAGCUCCCGAAGAGGGCGUUGUGUACGCGAAUGGAACCACGGUCGUCAGGAAACGCAGGAGACGCAGUCGUCGUCGUCGUUCGCUCCUCGAACCAGAAGCCGAAUUGGUCGUGGUAAAAGCCACACCGAAACAGACGUGGGGCAAAGCGCCCCUCCUCCGCCUCGUCCCGGCUAAAGACGGGCCGCGGCCGCAUUAUCGAAUCGCGUAUGGAGAUGACAACAAAGACUUCAUACUGUCCAAACGUGACGGCACGUGGGCACUCAAGUUGAGGAGGCAUCUCAAGUCCAAUGCGGUGAUGGAGAGACAGCUGGAGUUGGAGGCGAGGUUUGUCCCAGUUCCCAGUAUAGCCAGACGACGCAGGAGGCACGUGGACUUGAAUGUACCGGCGCCUCUACGGCUGUACGUGUCGGUACGAAUCGCUCCCAAGAAACGUUGAUUGACGCUCCGGCGGUGAGGCUCGCUCGUGUGAUGUCCUGAUUAUCGAGUUACACGUACGUACUUAUCCAUAACCCACGCCUUAAAAAUGUUACAAUUCAAAAUUGGUCGCUAAAUAAUGUUUAAAGCAUUUUUUGGUGCAUUUACCUUAUCAAUAUAUUUUGUAAGGCAAAGGGUCUUCGCUCACGAAGCCGCUGUUUGUAAUAUUUUAUAAAAAAAUAUUAUUUAAGUACAGUUAAAGAAUUCUCAUAAAUUUCUUCGGCAUGUUUGUUUCGAUCGUAAAGUUGCAUUAAAUUGGAGACUAAGGAUGGGAUAUUAGGGGAGAAUUUAGUUUCUAAUUUCUUCACCUUAUGGAUUGCUACAGUACAGUACAGUUCGAAUACUCGAUUUUCAGGGCGAGUGAUGUAUUUUUAUAUCGAUACUCGAUCACAACAGAAUUUCAAAACGUUCAAUAUGAAUUAUGAAUAAAUUACGAUAAAUAUUUAAGACUCGAAUUAGCGUAAAUAAUGCGAAUGAAAUGUUGUUAUUAUAACAUUAACGUCACUGCCAUGAAAUAUCUGUUGUAACAAUCAUACUGCCAUUAUUGUGUUGUGGAUAUUGCUUGUUCGACACGUAAACGUAUUGAGAGAUGUCACGAUAGUGUGUUGUGCUUUGAACAAAUUACAUUUUUUUUUUAUAAUACCACUGAGGUGGCAAACAAGCAUACGGCCCACCUGAUGGUAAGUGGUUACCGUAGCCUUACAUGGACGCAUAGGCUAGUCUUACGCCGUGCAGGUGAAGUGGACGUGUCACCCAAUGUUAGACUGGUUCUGUUUAUUGUGGCCAAAUAUUUUGUUUCAGCGGCAAUAUUGUAUUGUUUACAUUUUUAUUUUUCGAACACUUUCUUAUUUUGUUUUUUAUUUUUUUUAUAUUUUUUUUUAUAAAUAUCGUUGCAACAAAAUAUUACGGGUCACUGUAUCAUCGUCACGCGAUUCCGCUGAGUGUAGACGAUCUCGUAGGCAGUAUUAAAUGUGUUAGGUGAAUGUAUGCAUAAUACUAUGUUAGUUGAUGAAUAUACCGGUGUCGAGGCAAUCGUUAGCUAAACUAAUAACUUUAUUAUUAGGAUUCGAAGUUUUUAUAAGUGUCGAAGUAAAACCGAGUUUGUUAUGAAUGUCGAACGUUUCUAUCUCUUACAACCCUGUUCGCAUUCGAUCGUAACGCCACGCGCCAGUGAAUUAGUAUAAGUAAACUAUUUAUUUAAUAUUCCUUGUAAUAUUUAAUAGUAAUUACUUAUAAACUCUACUUACUGUGAAAUGUAAUGUAUUAUUAUGGAAUUUACUAUAGAUUAGAAAGGAACUCUUGUAGAAAACUACGAAAUCGCCGCAAUAAAAAAAAAAUGUGUUUUAUUUUGUAAAUAUGUGUAUACAAAUAUUAUAAAUUAAUAUAAAUGUACUAGCUUUAGUUACAUAUUAUUUAGGAUUUAUUAACAUUAUAUUAGGUAAGUGAUGACGAACGGAGGUGGAAUUAAUAAAAUUAUAAACUUAUCUAAUUGUU